AUUGAUUGAUUGAUUAGUAUUAUAUUAUUAUUAGUACUAGUAUUAUUAUUAUUAUUAUUAUUAAUAACUUUCGCCACUUUCGGCAGGACACGCAGCUCAGUCGCUCCGGCAGUCCUGGUGCUGGGCUCGUCAUCAUCGCUGCCGGCCGCCGACAGAUGAAUGGGAACUGACGCAGCAACCGUCGACAAACGCCAAGCCACGUGUUCAUCCCCGGCCGUCAUCCGGGCAACCGGAGUCGACGCCCAUAACAUCGGAUACCACGGCUGACCUCGGCGCAGUUGGCGGCCUGUCAUCUUCACGCAACUAACUUUCGCCACUUUCGGCAGCUCAGUCGCUCCGGCAGUCCUGGUGCUGGGCUCGUCAUCAUCGCUGCCGGCCGCCGACAGAUGAAUGGGAACUGACGCAGCAACCGUCGACAAACGCCAAGCCACGUGUUCAUCCCCGGCCGUCAUCCGGGCAACCGGAGUCGACGCCCAUAGCAUCGGAUACCACGGCUGACCUCGGCGCAGUCGGCGGCCUGUCAUCUUCACGCAACUAACUUUCGCCACUUUCGGCAGGGCGAGCGGUCCUGCGGUUCCGGCAGUUCCUCGUGCCAGGCGCGCACCAUCGCUGCCGAUCGCCGACCGAUGUCGCUGACUCAGCACUCGUCAAGCAACACCAGGCCACGUGGUUGAUCGCCGUUCAUCAUUCGGGCAACCGGAUAGGACGACUAUAUCAGCGGAUCCCACGGCUCUCCUCAGCGCAGUCGGCGGCCUGAAAUCAUCACGAAACUAACUUUGCUAUUUUCGGCAGGUCGGUCAUCCAACGUGGGAACGAGGCAUGCAACAUGGGGCUCAGGCUCAUUCAGCACAAGGUCUUGGCACCAGGAAGAUUUCAGCAGCCAUAAGCAAUGGCACAUGGGUCUAAAUUUGACGCUGGCUUGCCCGGGGCCCUGCCUCUUUCACGAAUCAACGAUUUGGAGUGGGGCUUGCCGAACGGGUCCACGGAGGGCUACGGUUAAGAAACAUAAGGUGUUGCUGACCGCUGCCCUUGCUGCGACUUCGCCAACCUCGCCCGGAAAUCUUCUCCACGACCCGCUAACACGGGAUGACUCACGGAUCGCCGCGGAGCAUGUGGCGACAGGCCCACCAAUGCUUUCACCGACCACGCGGCUCGCGCGGCCCGACCCGGACGCGUACAUCUUCGACGCCUGGCAACACUCAAGCUCGGGGACAUCACGUGACCCCUGCCUCCGCGGACGACUACAAAAGCCCACCACGCGGGACGGCCAGUUGGGGCACGACAUCGCUCGAGAAACGAUGCAAACCCUAUCCUUUGUUCAGGUUGGUCCCCUUUCUAAUGCCGCCUGUUAUCGUAGUAACGAUUUGUGUUUGAUGGCGAUGUCGUGCCCCUACGACCUCCCUGACUGUCGUAAGCAUGUGCUCGCGUUCCUUGUCAAGUGCAUUCAUGUUCGCUAUUUGUCCCUUUUACUACUGCAAAUGUCGGGUGACAUUGAGACAAACCCAGGCCCCACUAUGGAGGAGCAGUUAGGUAGUAUUCUUGAAAUUAUCACCAGGAUUGAAAAGAGCCAGAACGAUGUGCUUGCCGAGCUUGGGCGGGUUAAGAGCGCUCAAAAGUCCACCGACGAAAAUGUGAGUGCACUUUCCGAUAGAGUUACAGCUCUCGAGGCCCAGUUUCCCGCAGCGAAGGCCUCUCCCAUCCGCGACGUUCUUGACCAUGAGGCCUCAGGCGGUAUUGUGUCGGAACUUUACAAGGUUAAUUCGCGAUGCGACGACACAGAGAAUAGACUGCGGAGGUCAAAUCUGCUGUUUUUUGGCAUUCCGGACUCGCAGACCGAAACAUGGACCCAGUCGGAGGAGAAGGUAAUCCGGCUUUGUGCACAAAACCUAGGCGUCGAGAUAAGCCCCGAAAACCUUGAACGCUCCCACCGGCUGGGAAAGUUCUCGGCUAACAAAAACCGACCGAUUAUCGUGAGAUUCUUGCGCUUCAAGGACAAGCAGAACGUUCUAUUCUCUGGAGGUAAACUGAAGGAAACUCAGUACGCGGUGCGUGAGGACCUCUCGCUUUCAGUACGCAUGGCUCGCACUAAACUCUUUAAUUAUGGCAAAUCACUGAACUCCCUUUUCAAAAUUCGCUUUGACAAACUGUACGUCAAUGACAGGUGUUUCCAGUAUGACUCUACGACCGACUCCGUCACAGAGAUUCCUAGAUAGCAGCGAGGACCUCUUUCUGAUCGGUCACCGCCGCCCACUACUACGCUACGUAUAAAGACUUCGAAUCAUACAGUCACAUUCACUAAUAUCCGUAGCCUCCUUCCCAAACGUGAGGAGCUCAGUGGUUUUAUUCAAGAUAAUAAUUCUGACAUUGUCAUUGUUACAGAAACGUGGUUAAAGCCUGAGAUAAGUGACAGCGAAAU